AUGACCCCUGCACAACGAGCCGCUCAGAUAGUGAAAGCUCGUGAUAAAGAGAUGUGGUCAUUGUGGUUGUCUCAAAGUAAUAAGAGCGAGGCACAAGCCUCUAAAGCACAUAGCCCAGGAGCACCGCAGCCUUUCCAACCAUUGGGUCCGCUACUCGGAGAUACACAUCACUUGCAGUUUUAUCGUCAAUUAUUGGUUUCUCUUCUUCCAGAAAACACUUGGCACAAGCUUACACAACAUAUUGCUACCAAGUUUUCAGAUAAAAUAACACUGGACAAUACUCUGUUGGAAAAGAUUAACGGGCAGGCUGAGUUAUCAAGCAAUGAUUAUAUCACAGCCCUGAAGUCCGCCCUGCUUCAGCUUCCAUUUCAGGAUCUGAAGUUAAAAAUCCUAGACGCCUGGAUGUUAGGAACGGGGAACCGUCAGCCGCAGCCAGGCUGGUUUUCGGGCUCCCGACAGUGCAAGGAUGCUGGUGGAACUAACACUGAAAAAUCUUGUUCUUAUAGUAUCGACGCAGUUGCCGCAGUCCAACACACGAAGCUUUCUCCGGCAUCCACCUUACGGCCUAAAAAGCCCACAGGCGGAAUUGAAAAACGGCGGAGAGGCAGGCCUUCCGGCUCCGGUACUCUAUGGAGAAAGGGCCCUGGAAAAAUAGAACCCGAAGACAAGAAUCGUGUUCACGGUACAUAUGCAGAGCUUCUUCGGCAAUGCGUCAAGUCUAGCCCGCCAUCGAAGAGUUCACACUGGGAAGCGGCUAUACGUCUGCCAGGAACCUACAUGCAAACUAAGCUUUUGUCGCAAAACCACCCUGACCAAACAUCAACAUCGCUCGCAUCCCCGGGCACGGAGACUCGACAACCGGAAGAUGCAACAUCCGAGCAUUUGUGCCAGACUCCGAUUAUUAAUACUUCCAUAGCGAAUGGCCGGUAUCUCCUCGCCCAGCAACCCUAUUACCCUCACUCAUCUAUGCUGGUGAACCAGCUCUACCCUCCAGAAAAGAUGCCUAUGACACCAGCUGCCAUGCGGAAGGGAUCUCAAUUCACCCUAGCCGUCUCCUCCGAAGACAUUAGCCCGAGUCGUGAGAAGAAAUUCUCUCCGUCUGGAGCUGGAUUCUUCAGCCGUCGGCUUAACGAAGAUCAGGGUCCGACUGGCGAGAAGAAGCGCAGGAGAAGUACUCUCACUAAAGCGGCGAGUUUCUUUAUCAACGCGAAAAACUCCCUUACCCUGAACGGCACGCAGGAAACCCCUUCUAUCAGCACCAGCCUGCGGGUCCCGGAAGGAAGCCCACUACAGACUGGGGAAGAUGGACCCGGCCCUGAAUGUCUCUCAAGGGUCAUUCAAUAA